AUCACAUGAUGAGCUAUCUAUAGGACUAUUACUAGGACUAUAUAAGUGUAGGCAUUUGACUAGAACCUCUUCUUCAGCAAGGAGAUUCCUAUAAAUAAGUUUGAAGUUGUUUCUUGUACCAAGUAAACGUCCAAAUACUAUCUUCCAGAAGGGAAGGCAGUGUCUUUUAGCAGUUCAGAGCACUGUUAUCAAUUACUACGGCCUUUUCAAGUCAGUGUUCUUCUUCCAGUGUUCUAGUGGUGCCUACAUGGCAACGUGUGACGCAUAUGCUUCCAUCGCGAGAGCUCAACUAACUUUCGAUUAUCUGCAUACUAACAGUACUACCCAUGAAUUCCUCUUUGGCGCUCUUGCUGAGCUUGUAGAUAACGCCAGAGAUGCUGCAUCCAAAAGGAUUGAUAUUUACUCAGUUCCUGCCGAAUCUUACCGUGGUAAAUACAUGCUCUGUUUUCUGGAUGACGGCGAUGGAAUGGAUCCAGACGAGGUGGCGAACGUAAUCAAAUUUGGUCGGUCUGACAAAAGAAUCAUAGACAAAAACAUGAUUGGUCAAUACGGCAACGGGCUAAAGUCGGGCACCAUGAGAAUAGCUAAGGAUGUGCUGUUGUUUACUAAAAAAGACAACAAAUUAAGCUGCCUAUUUAUUUCACGAACGUUCCAAGAAAAAGAGAAAAUAUUCGACGAGAUCAUCGCGCCAAUGCCAGCAUGGGAUGCUAAGACAAAGAAACCGCUUCUUAAGAAAAAUCGUGAUCCUGAGCAGCACAAGACAGAAGUUGAUAUCAUUACAAAGUAUUCACCUUUCAAAACAACAGAAGACAUAUUCAACGAAUUUGAUAAAAUCAAGUCAACAGGAACGUUGGUUUUGCUGUUCAACAUGUCCUUAAUGGAUAACGGAGAACCCGAACUUAACGUCACUGCCGAUCCUUAUGAUAUCGUUAUGGCUGAUCCCUACGUUGGUGAAUCGUAUGGCGAUGAUAACUACGUUAUUCCUGAACGAAAGUCAUUUCGUGCCUACACGUCGGUCUUAUAUCUUGAUCCAAGGAUGAAGAUCUACAUUCAGGACAAAAAAGUUCGUACAGUCAGAUUAACUACGUCCCUCUAUAAAACUGCAUCUUACACUUUUAUGUCGAAGCGCUUCAAGUGUCGAUUAGAACGCGAGGAGAAGAAAGCUGCAACGGAGUUGAAAACAGCUGAAGCCAAAGCACAUGAACUGGAAAUUCAAGACAGGGAAGAAAGAGAAAAAGCAGAAAGAACGUGCAAAGACUCAAUCGCAGUACAAAGACAGGCUGGUGCUCGUUUAGCUGAAGCAAGAGCAGAUGUCAACAUCAAGAAGAUGAUUUUGAACAACACAAGGAAAGCUUUGAAAGACCCGCAAUCGUUAGAGUUUAUUUUUGGCAUCAAUUUAAACAAGCGACGGUGCUACGGAGUCAUGGUUUACAACUGUAACAGGUUAAUAAAGAUGUACGAAAAGGUCGGUUGUCAAAUGGAAGGAGGAGUCCAGGGGUACGGGGUAAUGGGUGUGGUCAAUGUUCCUUAUCUGGUACUUGAGCCAACACAUAACAAACAAGAUUUUGCCGACGGCAAGGAGUAUAAAGCCUUAACUAGAGCGCUUGGAGAACAUCUGGACGAUUACUGGAAAAACUGUCCCAUUUCCAAACUAGGAGUAGUGAAGUUCUGGGAUGCAUACGGAUACAACAGUGCCAAAUGGAAAGACGACCCAUCCAAUGAAGAGAGAUAUGUUCGGAAACGAAUGAUGGAUCUACCGCUCUACGUACAGUGCGAUAAAUGUCUCAAGUGGCGUGAACUGGCGUUCCAUUCUAGAUAUGUACUUCAAGAUACUCCUGAUAACUGGUGCUGUAAGAUGAACCCUGAUACAGACUGCAAUAAUUGUCAGAGACCGGAGAAAAAGCCAGCAACCAUUACCAGAGCCAUUCUGAAAAAACGAAAAGUGGAAGAGGAUAUCAACAGAAAUCGGCCGCGAAAAGGUUCUGAACAAAGUAGCGAAAGUGUGUCCCCAGCGAUAGAAAGACCCAAGACCAGCAGAGAGUCUACAAGACCAAUUAUUAAACCAAAACCACAACCACCACCACAACAGAAGCAACCAGUACGAAGCCCAUUGAACACGCCAAUCCUCCCGAAACCCAAAGCCACUACAAGUAAGACGAGAACACCCAUCAGACUGAAUACAAAGUCAAGUCCAUCGGUUGCUCGUCCAGUCAAACACGAAAGACCACCGCAACAAAAGGUUGAAGUGAGCAGUAAACCUCGUCCGGCAGUUGAUAGUACUAACAGUAAACCAGACAAACAACAGAAUGAAAACGUUAAGCGACGAAAGAGCGACGUAACAGAAGAGGUAGUCGCUAGCACACCAGAAGUCGAUAGUAACGAAAUGGACUGGAGUAGUGAAGGAGAGACUGUAUCGAGUUGUUCGUCAAGACUAUUAGGACACCCAGGAGAGGGAGACAUCACCUCGUUACAGGGCCGGCCUUGUGAAGGUGAAACCGAUGAUGGCAAAUGGCAUGUCGGUACUGUAGUAUGUCUGAAGGAGAGACCCGAUGGUAUACGAGUAAAGGUCAAGUUCCAACAACACCCUAGUGACAAGUUCGAUAAAUGGUAUGACUACCCAGGGCCACAUAUCCGUAUAAACGGGUCUAAAGAAUCCACGCCGAUUCCACCUCCUUCAGAGCCGGUCAGUCGACCAUCUCCACAACCAUCUCCUCAACCUCUUCCAUCUAGUUCCAUGGUCGAGUUACCCAGUACUACCACGAUAGAAUCCACGGUAACCAUGGAACACGUGCAAGGACAAGCUUCUCCUGUUCGCUCACCUGAUAAUGGUAUAUCAUCUAAUAUGGAGACAGAAGAGGCGCUACAAGACGUCGCACAACUCUCCAGGAAAAUGUUAGAGUUCUUCGUACCUCCAGAAUACCAACUGACAAAAGAGCAGCUUGGAAGCUUAUCGAUAUGGGAGCUGAGAAAGUUUAAUGUGAAAGACUUCUGUGACAAGUACGAGGAAGGGUUAGGCACGAUUAUGAACAAAAUAACGACGGAAGGAAAAAGAUCGGAACAAAUAGCAGAAGAAAUGCAGAAAAAGCACGGAGAAGUAUCAGAAAAACUGACAGAAACCAUACAAACAAUGCAACAGAAGGAAACAGAGCAUGCAGAAACUACAACACGACUAACCAGAUUGCAAAGAAAAACAGCUAGACUGAUAGGCAUGUUAAACGAUAACUCCGAUGAAAUCCAAAUCCCAGACGACUCAGUGGAAGAGACACUUGAUAACUUCAUCACUAUAUUAGAGAACGAGGGCAGUCAGACACAGUGACAGACCGACCUAUAGAUAUCUUUAUUCUACUACAUCUCGUCCAUACGUCUUCAUUUUCUUCAGCAAAAUGUAUCAAUACUCAUCCUUCUAAUACUCCUCUAAAUUCUUCGAUUGCACAUUACGUCAUUGCGGCCACGUUGGUGCCAUUUCACCAUAGAUUUCUCAUUAGCAUCAAUUCUUAACCGCACCAAGAUGGCCGCCAUGUUUUUUCUCUUUUGACUCUCUUGGGAAUGCUUGCAACCCGCUUUCAACAUAUAGGUCGUUAAGGUCUCGACCUUGGAAUCCUGUUUCUACUCUUUGUCCAGAAUGUAGCACCCGAGUACAAGCUGUUGGUGUUUUGGUUUCGAGAGAAUCCAAACUCAACAGUAGUAUUUCUCGAGCGUCAAUCUGGAUAUCUCUUCUUGGUAACUUACUUUAUUCCUCUUUUUACUUAUCAACAAUUCCCUGGAUCACAAUAGAAACCACUGGCAGCCAAAGCUUUCCUUAUAAAACGUACACAGGAACCUUGUUUGGGCUCCCUUUGUGGAAACGAGCAUUCUUAAGACUUCUGGGUAAAUGUUGUGGAGCAUCGGUCGACGAUCUUCAUAGUCGAAACAGGCUUGUAAAUUCAGUACCCUUCAAGUCGAAGAAAAUAACGUUCACUUCUAAAAAACCUGUAAAUAUGGCUCGCGUCCUCUAAGAAGAAGAUGACCCUCACUAGACAAGUAACUAAAAUUCAACUUUUUAGAAUUCAGCUUUUUGCCUGGCGUUUUGCAAGCCACGAUCAAGACAUUCGCUGUUACCAGCCAGUUAAUCUUGAGUUAUGUAUAAAUAAUAAAUACUGUUACGGUUCGUUUAGAAAUUGCAGCACCAUCACUUGGAUGGGAGAUUUUAUAUGAUAGAAUUUUGUUACAUUUACUUUGUAAAUAAAAAUGUAAUAAAUUUAUGACGCUUUAGAUGUAAUUACAACCCUUGACAGGAUGUAAGGAGCGUUUUUUGAUUAAAAUAAAAUUAGAGCAAUUUAUUUGCUAAAAUUAACAA